UCCUAUCGAUGGUUUCUUAGCUCUAGUUUAGACAUUUUGAUUAUAUCACCGUCAAAUUCUAAAAAAAGGUUAUUAAGUUAGCAAUAUGGCUUUUAACUGGUUUUCACUGCCCAUUGUUAAAGCCGAUGAUGAAGACGAGUUAAUUGAUCCUCAAGGCGCACUUAGAGAAAAAUGCCAUGCUAAGGCACAUAUUGAGGCUUUGUACAACAAAUACCAGGAGUGCAAUGAUCGUGUAAAUGGACGAUCUAAAACAACUGAGACGUGCGUGGAAGAAUUGUUUGACUAUGUCGCUGAAUUAGAUCAUUGUGUUGCGCACAGUCUUUUCUCUAAACUUAAAUAGCUUAACAUGAAAGCGAUAAAUAUAAAUGAAUAUUAGCACCGCUUAAAAAUGA